UCAGUGCUGCCAAUACCAGUACCACACACUAGAAUAUACCGUAUAAUAUUGUGCGUUUUGAAAUUAAAGGCAAAAAUUGAAAACAAAAUCGUGCAAUCUGUGUAAAAUCUUAAGAUGAACACGAAAAUAUGCAAUAAACCAGUUGCCUGAAUGUUAUUGAAAGAAACCAUAAAAAAUAAUUAGAUUUUUAUCGUGAGUGCAAUCGAAUUGUAAAUCGAAUCGAAUACAACAAAACAUAGAGUAAAUUUUUGUACGAUGACGUCACUAAAUUGUAUUACCUGAUGCACUAAAAUUUGAUACGCUGAAAUUCCAAAAAGUCGCUGGUUUGAAUGUGUGCGUAAAAAUUAUAGAAAUUACGUGACGUUGCCUGUCAAAGUAUUUUUUCAUUUUUUAACAUAUUUUUGCUGUUCUUUCGGAUUAGAUACAAGCUUACCGUGAAGUGAAUUAAAGUUUUUUUUUUAGAUUUGUGAAGUGAACUACUGUUGGAUAUCGGGUUAGGGUGUGACUAGUGUUUGAAAAUAAUUAUUUAAAUAAACCAAAAUCAACGGGAUUGUACAGACCCAAACGAAAAACAUGUAAAAACCCUAAUGAGACAAUCGGUGUUUCGCUUGUAGUGUCAAAAGAAAAAUAAUUUUUUUUCUUCUCUCGUUUUCAUUUUUAAUUUCAUUUCGAUUUAUAAUAAAUAUAUGAGCGCUUCACAAAAAAAAUGUUCAAGUGCAUUCCGAUCUUCAAGGGCUGCAAUCGCCAAGUUGAAUUUGUUGAUAAGCGGCAUUGUUCGUUGACCAGCGUUCCAGAAGAGAUACUUCGAUAUUCGAGAAGUUUGGAAGAAUUACUGCUCGAUGCCAAUCACCUUCGAGAGUUGCCUAAGAAUUUUUUUCGCCUCCAUCGUCUAAGAAAACUCGGAUUAAGUGACAAUGAAAUUCAUAAACUACCAUCGGAUAUUCAAAACUUCGAAAACUUAGUUGAACUAGACGUUUCUAGAAAUGAUAUCGCUGACAUUCCCGACGACAUCAAACACUUGGCUAGUCUUCAAGUAGCUGAUUUCAGUUCAAAUCCCAUACCUCGAUUACCCGUUGGAUUUUCACAAUUGAAAAGUCUAACAGUAUUAGGGUUGAAUGAUAUGUCGUUGACAUCACUGCCGGAUGAUUUUGGGUGUUUAAUUCAACUGGAAUCGUUAGAGCUACGUGAAAAUUUGCUGCGCAGUUUACCGGCAUCCAUUAGCAAGCUAACGAAAUUGGAACGACUUGAUUUAGGCGACAAUGAAAUCGAAGUACUUCCGUCUCAUCUCGGUAAUUUGCCAUCAUUACAAGAACUUUGGCUGGACCACAAUCAAUUGCAACGUUUGCCGCCAGAAAUCGGUCAGCUGACUAAUUUGAUGUGUUUGGACGUAUCGGAAAAUCGAUUGGAAGAAUUACCGGAAGAAAUUGGCGGAUUGGAAAAUUUGACUGACCUACAUUUAUCGCAAAAUGCACUGGAAUCAUUACCGUAUGGUAUAUCGAAAUUGCACAAAUUGACCAUAUUGAAGUUAGAUCAAAAUCGAUUGGAAAACCUUAACGAAUCACUCGGAAUGUGUGAGAAUAUGCAAGAGCUUAUUUUAACCGAAAACUUUUUGACCAAACUUCCGGACUCUAUUGGACGUAUGACAAAGUUAAAUAAUUUAAAUGUAGAUAGAAAUGCUCUGGAAGAUAUUCCCAUCGAAAUUGGUUCAUGUUCUUCAUUGGGCGUACUUAGCUUAAGAGAUAACAAACUGAAGAAGCUUCCUUCCGAAUUGGGCAAUUGCUUGUCGUUGCAUGUGUUGGACGUUAGUGGCAACCAGUUACAUAAUCUACCCUAUUCUCUAGUUAAUCUGCAAUUGAAGGCUGUUUGGUUGGCAGAAAAUCAAGCCCAACCUUUGUUAAUGUUUCAGCCGGAAGUGGAUGAUAGAACCGGUGAACAGGUGCUGACAUGUUUCCUUCUACCUCAACUGGAAUAUCAGCCUACCAGUCCAGGAAUACUCUACCGUACCGACCAAAGAUUCAGUUCAACAGACUUUGAAUUGUCCAUGUCGAAAGCAAUUCAAGACGAUAACAGCAGCGACUACGAAAAUUUCGAAGAAAAAGAGAAUUCCCGAACACAUUCCGUCAAAUUCUCCGAAGAUUCGGGAACCGAUAAAGAUGUAAGUUUUACACCAUUUGUUCGUCAAAAUACACCACAUCCGAAAGAGCUGAAAUUGAAAGCGCAUAAACUGUUUGCCAAAGAAAAGGGCGCCAAAGAUGAAUCCGGCAAUUUGGACACCUUAUCAGAAGAGUCAUCUUCAAAACCGUCAUCGGCCAAAACUGUCAUCGAUUCAACUACAAUGGAAAAUAUAGCAGAAGCGCAGCAUGAUCAUUCGAUCAUUUCGACGUCCAGCUCACAUAACAUUCAUCAUUCGGCUAGCGUGUCACAGGAACCAAUUUUCAAUGCACAAAAUGUCGAUAAUAACGAUGAGCAUAAUGUAAACCUUGAUCCAGAUGAUUUAAGCGAGCGGAAAGUGGAAUUUUUGUUCGAAAAAGAACUUGAAAAAGAAGAAGAGCCUAUUGGCUCGGAAGAUGACGACCAUUCGAAGAAAGAGCCACUUAAGCUACACAGAAGAGACACGCCGCAUCAUCUGAAAAACAAACGUGUUCAGCAGGGUCUACUCACGGAUAAAGCAGCCAAUUUAAUAAUAUCAAAUGCCUUAAAGCAACAGGAAAUGAACCUGAAAUCAGUGGAAAAUAUCAUUCCAGAAGAUGCGGAAAAAGAUGAUCAUGCCGUUGAAUCCGCAGAUAAUCUUGAUGGUCUUACCGAACUUCGUGUCGACAACUAUGAAAUACAUAUCGAGCGUACAUCAGCUGGCUUAGGAUUAAGUAUUGCCGGCGGUAAAGGUUCAACACCAUUCCGUGGUGAUGACGAAGGCAUAUUCAUAUCGCGAGUUACUGAAGGAGGACCUGCCGAUGUAGCUGGGCUUCGUGUUGGCGAUAAAGUUCUCAAAGUCAAUGGAACCGACGUUAUCGACGUUGAUCACUAUCAUGCUGUUGAAGUAUUGAAGGCAUGCGGUGCAGUAUUAAUUUUGCAUGUGUCACGUGAAGUGACCCGACUUAUUGGUCAUCCAGUUUAUCAUGAAGAUGGAACAAUUUCCCAAAUUUCAAUUGAACGCAAACAACCUGUUGUUGCGGCCAGUGUACCUGAACCGAUCAAACAAAUUCCAGCUCCAUUGCAAUUGGUCCAGCCACCGACACAAUCUCAACCUCACUUCCAGAGUGGUAUGUUGACACCAAACACAAAUGGUCACGUUGAAAAUGGAAGGGAGAUUAUGCAUAAGGUCACAUUGCAUACAACAUUGAUACGAGAUCAAAUUGGUCAAGGUUUAGGAUUUAGCAUUGCUGGUGGAAAGGGAUCGCCGCCGUUCAAAGAUGGAUCGGAUGGUAUUUAUAUAUCCCGUGUGACACCAGGUGGCUUAGCGCAUCGUGAUGGUAAAAUCGUUGUCGGCGAUAAAGUUUUGGUGAUAAAUGGCGUCGAUAUGGCGAAUGCACAUCACGAUUCGGCCGUUCAACUUUUAACCGACCAUCAACGAUUCGUUCGCUUGGUGGUACAGCGUGAAAUGAAAGGACCAUUAGAACCCCCUAGUCCCAGAAGUCCCGUAUUGAAAGGUGUCAGUCCGUCUGGCUACCGAUCCGGUUUCAAACGAUCCGCUGGCGAUUCACCCUCUUCAGACGACAUAAAUCAAAAAUAUAUUUCCAAUACAUCGCCAGUGGUUCAUCAACAGAAUAUACCUCGAACCGUUACACCAGUUGCUGUCAAUACCAAAUCGAAUGGUGUUGAAAGUGCUUCACAACCAGUUCCAGCGCCCAGACGAUUAAACUCACAAGGUUCCAUUGGCGGAGCGGACGGUGCAUCGGUAAAUGGAAAUCAAACAUCCGGCAAUAAGUCCGAAGACGAAGAUGUACAGGUACCACCACCUCGACCAUUAACUAGUGAUGAUUUCCAAGCAAUGAUUCCCGCACAUUUCUUGAGCGGCGGACAUCCCGAAUAUUGCAUUGAGAAACAUGAAGUGGGACCAUCUGUAACCGUAACGGUAAAAAAAGGUGUUCCGGAUAUGCCAAUGUUACCACCAGCACCAACUGAAUUAGGAAAAGUAACCGAAACAAUAACAAAAUCGACUUUUACAGAAACUGUAAUGACCCGAGUUACAGACAAUCAUUUAGGGGAAGCAUUGAUCAGCGAGGAAGUUGUUCUUCCAAAAGAUCAAGGAUCACUUGGUUUCAGUAUUAUAGGUGGAACAGACCACAGCUGCGUUCCAUUUGGUGCUAACGAGCCCGGAAUAUUUAUUUCUCAUAUCGUUCCUGGUGGUAUUGCAGCCACAUCCGGUAAAUUGAGAAUGGGCGAUCGAAUUUUACAGGUAAAUGGAACUGAUGUUACAUCGGCUACACAUUCGGAAGCUGUUAUGGAACUGCUACGACCGAGCAAUGAAAUCAAACUAUUCGUACAACAUGAUCCACUUCCAGUCGGAUUCCAGAACAUCAUUCUCGUGAAAAACGAAAAUGAAAAGCUUGGCAUGUGCAUCAAAGGUGGAUUAGAAGGACAAAAAGGAAAUCCAGUGGAUCCAACCGACGAAGGUGUUUUUGUUUCGAAAAUAAAUUCCAGCGGCGCCGCACGAAGAGACGGAAGAUUAAAGGUCGGUAUGCGAAUCCUUGAAGUGAACGGUACGUCGCUGCUGGGUGCUACACAUACAGAAGCUGUUCAACUAUUACGUACAGCUGGGGAUACACUUCAAAUUAUCGUAUGCAAAGGCUACGACAAAUCGAGUUUGAUUCACUCAAUCGGCACCGCCGGUGGUAUGAGCACAGGUUUUAAAAAUAAUAGUCGAUUAGGCUCGCGUGCCUCGGAAACUGGUUCUGAAUUGAGUCAAAGUGUUUCUAGUUUAGAUCGAGAUGAUGAUGAUGUAGCAACGCAGGCACAACAGCAUCAGCAUUCUGAAGUAUUUGAAAAAGACGAUCUGAAUGAUGAUGAUAAGGGAGUGUCCGAAACAUCGAGAGAUGUGGCGUUGAUCAACUCUGACCAAUCAUUAGUUAGCACAAAAGAGAAAAGCACCCAAGAAAAGGUUCUUGAAAUUGUUCGAGCGGCUGAAUCACUAGCCUUGGGAACUCAUUUAACCGAAAAUGUUCCACCGAAAUCACCCGUUGAACAUCAUGACGAUAAAAAGCAUAAAACCACCACCAUUGUUAUGUCGGCGCACACGCUUGACACACAACCACAGGUCGAAAGCCGAACACCGACUACUUCAAAUUUCAUAAGUAAUAUGCAUGAACCCUAUCCGCCACAGAGAAAAUCAUCUGUUGAUAGUAUUUUAUCUGAUGGUAAAUCUUCAGCUAGAAAACCGCCCACAAAAAUUGUAAGUGACGACGAGUACGUUCAAUUACAACCGUCACAAUCGCGCCAUCAAACAACCAAUUUGGAUGAUUAUCUGAACGAAAAGAAAAUAAUUUCGUCAUCGAUACAAACCCAAGUGGCUACCGAUCUUCAUACCCAAAGCACGCAAACCUUUAGCAGUCACGAGCCGUAUUCGCGACGAGAUAUUGAAGAAGGGGAAACUAAAUCGGAUAUAGGUAGUGUGACAAGUCGUCCGAGUUCGAGGAAUACGAUACACAAAACCGAAGUUAUCAGUACAGGCACAAAUACGUCGUCGCAUCGAAAAUCGGUCAGUUUUGAUUUGGGCGAAUUUGAAUACACUCCAGCUGGUGCCGCAGCGAAUGAUGAUGAGUCGGUAUUUCAAAGGUCUUCUGACAAUACGCACAUUGAUCCGGCGUUAAAUGAUGGAUACGAAAUUCCUAGAUGUUCGCCGCCAGCGGUACCAACUGUAGAAAAGAGUCAAAAGAAAGGUAUUCUUCGGUCAUCGAGUCCAAUGUCCAAUACAUCAACAUUGGAAAGAAUAUCGAUGUCGUCGUAUACACGAAAAGAUUUACCAUCCGAACCAGAAAUUGAUCGUGAAAAUCCUUUCCGAAAGGAAUUUUUCACAGACAAUGGCCGCUCUGGCGAGUAUAAUAUUUACGAAGAAAUCGGUGCCUCACGGCAUAUAAAUGACUUGUCGGAUAACGAACGAAAUCGAGAUGUAAAAACUCGACCGAAAUCCGUCUACGAAAAUGUUGUUAACAGCGACAACAACCACCAGACAACCAGAAUCGAUAACAAAUUUGUGUCUAGCGACAAUUUGUCAUCGGACUCCGAACAAAAAAUUCCAAUUAAACGACCAAUAUACAAGUCAACUGGUAAUAUUUUUGGCAAUAGGCCAGCGAACAAACCACCUGUUCCGCCUAGACCACCAAAUGUGAAACAUGCUGAUGUUGUUUACAACGAAGGAUUAAAAACAAUUCAAAGUGAAAUGGAACAUGGAGACUUGGUUGAGUAUAUGAUGCAUAAUGUGGAAACGAAUACGAUAACUGUUAUAAAAACUGACAACGAUCGAACAGACUUGCACACUUAUGAUUUUAACGAUGAUUUACCAUUGCCACCGAUAGUCUCACCUGUAAUGUCACCCACACCGCAAGGUAUUCGUCGUAAUUUGAGUAUUGAUCGACCGAAAGAAAGCCCCCCGCCACCGCCAAUUAACCUGGCAACAAUGCCAAGUCGAAAUAAAUUACGAAGCUCAGACCUAAUUGAUCCGUCGAUAAUCGAAAUCGUUCCAGCAAAAUAUGAUGUAUUUCCAACACCCAAGCGAGUACAAUUCGUAAAUGAAAAUUCGUUGAACAACAUUCUGGUGACCGAAGACACAUAUAGAGACAUGAUGUUACAAGAAAAUGAGCUGAGAAACGCCAUCAGCCAAUCUCACACUGAAUCGAGGAACAUUCCGAUACGUCAAGCUCCUCCACCUCCACCACCUACACAUCAACCAUCACCACAGCAGCAUCAGCAACAACAACAACAACAGCAACAGACAGUUAUGAUGCCUUCAAGCACACCGAACCUUAGCUCUCCAACCGGUAGUCUGCACAGUUAUCAACAAACAAUGAUGACACCUGUACUAUCGCAUAAUCAAAUAUUUCCACAAUCCCAAAUCGUACCAGUUCAGUAUUCACAUUUACCAGUUCCCCAACAAGCAGGAAUAUUUCAUACUUUUCAAUCGCCAACAUCACAAAUAAACUACAGUUAUCAAUCACCCAGCACAAUGUCUCAGUCGAACAUUGGUGGUUUUAUGUCUCCACCUGCAUCGGCAAAGAUACCAAAAUCAGUUUCGGAUCGAAAACGAUUUUUCGAAAAUGCUAUGGAAGAUCAACAGAAACCAUCACCAAAAUCAGAAAAAGUUUUCUCAUUUUUAUCCAAAGAUGAGGUUGAGAAACUGAAACAAGAGGACGAAAAGAAGAUGGCUACAUUGCAACGUGAUAAAAAACAUAAAACACUUGCGGAUGGCUACGAAGAUGAUGAAGAGAAUGGCGAUGGUGAUUUGCAGGAAGUCAGGUAAAUAUUCGAUGGAUAAAAAAAAAACUUUUCUUUUAACAUUGCUUGAGUGAGCGCGAAAAGUCAAAACUUUCCCACUUAACAAUUGGUGUUGAUUAUAAUUUGAAUGAACAAUUCCUAUAUAUAUAGUAGGUGCGCCAUUUGAAAUAAUAGGUCAUGAAAGUUUCGAUAACCUUUUUAACUAAAAGAAAAUAUCAAAAAUUUAUGAAAAGUAGAAAAAAAAAACGAAAAUCUAUCCAACUCGAAAACACGAAGUCAAUGUUGAAAGCGAAAUACCUCUACCUCUACUGUUGAAUUGAAUGCAAAUUUGUAGAAAAUUCAAUGUGCAUUUAAUAUUUUCGCUGUAGAUAUUCCUUUUCAAUUUAUUCUUGCAAGUAUGUAACUUCUCUACACAUUAUGUCAAGCAGAGAAAUAUAUUUAUUAGUCCAUUAAAGCAGAGAAUUCCGUCGACUUGACUGUUUAAUAAACGAAUUAUGCACAAAAGUGCCAAAAAAAUAAGAAUUGAAUUAGAGAAACAGAUAGUUGAGAUAUUUUAGAUUAUGUUGUUGCGUUUCAGUUGAUGGAUGAAAAAAUGAAUUCCACGAGACUUUUAUGCCAUUUCUUCGCGCUCAUUUAUUUUAUCAUUUUUGCCCCGCUACAGUAAAGCAACUAGAUUGCAAAUAAAUUGUCAUUAAUUUACGUAUUUACGUAUUUUA